CCGCCCUCACCCACCACUUCUACGCCCACUGCCCACCCCUCAAAAAUGAACGCGGCUCCGCGCCCCUCGAAUGCGCUGGCCAUCCGCACAGACGCGGAUGGCAGAACGAAAUACGAUGAGAUUGCGCGGAGAGGGCACUCUGCAUCCAGGAUCGUCCAGGCCAGCUUCAAGGACCUGAUUCCCUUGAGGCAGAGAGCGGAUACGGGAGAGUUGGAUCUGGCGAGGCCAACGCAGGAGGAGGUGGAGAAGACGAAGGAAAGAACAGCACAAGCAUUGGCCUUGCUGGUGCAGGGACAGACGGCGGCGCAGAACCCCAAGAACGUCAGGGGAAGGUCCAAGGACGAGCCGACCUUCGUCCGCUACACGCCCACCGCGCAGAUGGGCGAAGCCCAAGGAAAGACGCGCAUCUUCAAGAUCCAGCAACGCCAGCUCGACCCCAUGGAACCGCCCAAAUUCAAGCACAAGAAGAUCCCUCGCGGACCCCCUUCCCCCCCGCCCCCGGUCCUGCACUCGCCUCCCCGCAAACUCACGGCCGAAGACCAGGAGAUGUGGAAGAUCCCGCCGCCCAUCUCCAACUGGAAGAAUCCAAAGGGCUACACGGUCCCGCUGGACAAGCGUCUCGCGGCCGACGGCCGUGGUCUCCAGGACAUCACCAUCAACGACAAGUUUGCGCAGUUCAGCGAGGCGCUCUUCGCCGCCGACCGACAUGCGCGCGAGGAAGUGAAACAACGAGCCAUCAUGCAGCAACGCCUUGCCGAAAAGGAGAAGCUGCAGAAGGAGGAACAUCUCCGGCAACUCGCACAGCAAGCGCGCGAAGAGCGGGCCCAAGCUUCCGCACGCCGCCGUCGCCGCUCCUCUGCCAGGGCCUCAGUCUCCGGCUCCAGCAGCGAGGACGAGGAGGAAGACGAAGAAGAAGCCGCCGCCCGUCGCAGAGAGGAAGCUCGACGGGAGCGCCGCGCGGAGUUCCAGCGAGAACUGCGCCAGUCGCGCAUGGGCACCGAACGCCGCAUCCAGAUGCUCGCGCGCGAGCAGAACCGCGACAUCUCGGAGAAGGUGGCCCUGGGGUUGGCCAAGCCGACGCAGAGCGGUGAGUCCAUGUACGAUUCGAGAUUGUUCAACCAGAGUAGUGGGUUCGAUGCCGGGUUCAACGAGGAUCAGCACUACGACAAGCCUCUCUUCGCGGCGCAGGAUGCCAUUUCCUCCAUCUACCGACCGUCCGUUGCGCACGACGAGGAGGAGGAGGAUGAAGACGCUACGCUCGAUCGUAUCAACAAGUCGAGCAAGUUCGAGGUUUUGGGCAGAGUGAAGGAGGGCAGGGGUUUCAAGGGGGCGGAUGUGGCGGAAAGAAGGGAAGGGCCGGUGCAGUUUGAGAAGGACACGGAGGAUCCGUUUCAGAUUGAGAAGAUGAUCAGUGAGGUCAAGGGGGAGGUGGGAGGGAAGAGGUAUGGGUUGCAGGAGGGGGAAGGGAGGGAGAGGAAAAGGGCGAGAGUGGACGAGGAUAGUGAUUAGCCGGUUGUGCUUGAGCGGGCUCAUUUGCUUCCAUGAAUGAAAGGGCGUGAGGCGUUUGGGAUAUGGAAUGAAUUCGGCUUGUUCAGAGAUGGUUCAGCGAGGACCUGCAAAUCAUUUCUUCUACAACGGAUGGAAAUUCAAAUCGGCGGGACGGAAAAUAUAUCUAGUUCAAUACCCGGCACCCAUGCUUGGUAAGAGGGAUA